AUGUCCAAGCGGCUGAAGAGCCCGGAGGUGUGCGCCGACUGCAGCCUGCCGGAUCCUCGCUGGGCAUCUAUUAACAGAGGUGUCUUGAUAUGUGAUGAAUGCUGCAGUGUACAUCGAAGCCUGGGACGGCACAUCUCACAAGUCAGGCAUCUUAAGCACACCCCAUGGCCCUCUACGCUUCUGCAGAUGGUGCAGACAUUGUACAGCAAUGGAGCAAAUUCAAUCUGGGAACAUUCUUUGCUUGACCCGGCAUCUAUAAUGAGUGGAAAGCGUAAAGCCAAUCCCCAAGAUAAACUUCAUCCAAACAAGGCUGAAUUUAUUAGAGCAAAAUAUCAAAUGCUGGCAUUUGUUCACCGAUUACCUUGUCGAGAAGAUGAUAGUGUUACAGCCAAAGACCUUAGCAAGCAACUUCACUCAAGUGUGAGGACUGGUAAUCUGGAGACUUGUCUAAGGCUGUUAUCCCUAGGGGCACAGGCCAAUUUUUUUAACCCGGAAAAGGGAAGUACACCUCUUCACGUGGCAGCUAAAGCAGGACAGAUCCUACAGGCAGAGCUACUUACAGUGUAUGGAGCAGAUCCAGGCACACCAGAUUCUGCGGGCAAAACACCCAUUGACUAUGCAAGGCAAGGUGGCCAUCAUGAAUUAGCAGAUCGUCUUGUGGAAAUUCAACACGAAUUGACCGACAGAUUAGCAUUUUAUUUAUGUGGAAGGAAGCCCGACCAUAGAAAUGGACAGCACUUUAUUAUACCACACAUGGCAGACAGGUGAGGUUCAGUUUAGAUUUAUCAGAACUUGCCAAGGCUGCAAAGAAAAAACUUCAGUCUUUAAGCAAUCACUUAUUUGAAGAAUUAGCGAUGGAUGUAUAUGAUGAAAGUCGACAGACGGGAAACAGAUGCAGUUUGGCUUGCCACUCAGAACCACAGCACUCUUGUCACAGAGACCACUGUUGUACCUUUUCUUCCAGUGAACCCAGAGUAUUCCUCAACACGUAACCAGGGAAGGCAAAAAUUAGCCCGAUUUAAUGCUCAUGAAUUUGCAACACUGGUGAUAGACAUCUUAAGUGAUGCCAAAAGACGACAACAGGGAGGUUCAGUAUCUGGAUCGAAAGAUAAUGUGGAAUUAGUGUUAAAAAGUAUAAGUAACCAACAUAGUACAGAAAGUCAAGAUAAUGACCAGCCAGAUUAUGACAGUGUGGCAUCAGAUGAAGAAACAGACUUGGAGAACGCCCCAGCUAAAUCAAAUAGAGAAAAGGUAAGUUUUUUUUUAUUUUCAUGGCAAAGUGACAUUUGCAGAAAUUAUCUUGUU